AUGUCGGCCAAACUCUUUGUUGGAGGUCUUUCGUGGGGCACGGACGACAACAGCCUCAGGUCCGCCUUCGAGCAGCACGGCGAGGUCGUCGAUGCCAAGGUCAUUCAAGACCGCGACACCGGCAAGUCCCGCGGCUUCGGCUUCGUUACCUUCGCCUCCGCCGAUGAGGCCGAAGCUGCCAAGAACGCGCUCAACCAGACCGAGCUCGACGGCCGUGAGAUCCGCGUCGACAGCGCCUCCGACCGUGAUGGCGGCGGCGGCGGCGGCGGCCGUGGUGGCUUCCGUGGCGGUCGUGGCGGCGGCGGUGGCUUCCGCGGUGGUCGUGGCGGCGGCUACGGCGGUGACCGUGGCGGCCGUUCCUCGUACGGCAACCGCGAUCGUCCUUACGAUCGUGAGAACACCCGCGGCUCGUACGGCAGGAGGAGGGACGACGGUGACGAGUAA